UAAAUUUUGACGUGUCUCCUGCAAAGACGGAAAAAGUAGUCAAUCGAAAAUAAUUUUCUGCUGUAAAAAGUCAACAAAGAGGUGAAAAUUUUGUGCUGUUAGCAGUUGUUUCCGUUCUGGUGAUGUAAAACACUCAAGGUCGUCACGGUGGAGGAACUACAAGACACGACGACGAUGAGCUGGUUCGAUACGACGGGCAUAGCCAAUCUGGCAAAGAACGCCCUGAAGGAGGCUCAGAAGCAAAUUGAUAAGGCAUUGGACAUCAAAGAGGAUGCAGUGGAGGAGGUGGCCGGGGAUGGGCAGCAGGAAUCUGGGACGAAGGUCGAUCGGGGCGAGAGCAAAACGGAACCAUGUACUCCGGUGAGUGCCGAGGCUAAGGGAGGCGGCAAUGUUGGCAAGGGGCAGAUUGAUAGUAUAUGGGGAUCGUUCACGGGGUCGUUUUUCGAGCAGCCAGUGACGACUGCGAACAUGACGGUGACGAAGGCUCCUUCCAGUUUGAAGCGGAAGAGCUUCGAAGACUCAGGUAUAGCGGAGGUUCCCGGGAAGGUUGGCUCACCGGAGGCUAGUUCGGAGUCGAUUGAACUGCUGAGUCCGGUGACGACGCCGGGAUCGGCGCUAACGUCGCCCAGUUCGGGGCCAACCAUUGGACAGGAAUCGGAAUCGGUGGAGGUGAUCAAGGUUCAAGGGACGCCUUCCAGUGUUUCGACUCCGGAUUCGAUAACUACGAUGGACCGGAGCUCAAUUGAUGGGGACGAUAUGAAGUUUACCUCGGUGGAGCUGGUCGAUGAUGACAUCAGCGUGGAGGAAGAUUCCGAGGUGUCGUACACCUUGUCGGAACAGCCAAUUACGGUGAUGGAAACGGGCGAGGGAGGAGUUCCCAUAACGGUGGCCCCGAGUAGAAGUAGUUUGCAUUUGAGUCUGGAGAAACCGACGAUUUCGAGGCAGAUGACGUUCUCAGAAGUAUCCGGGUGCGAAACGGAAGAGUCGAAUGAUUCGGAAACAACGCUGACGUCGAUCGAGAAGCUUAGCAGACAGUCUGACGAGCAUCUGGACAAGUCGUACGAGAAUGUAGAGAUUCAGACGCAGAUUUCCGACUCAACGCAUAGUUUUGAAGAGAUUCCUGCAGCUGCACAGGUACCGUUGCUAGCGGAACCGAAACAGCAGGAAGGAACAUCAUCGCAAAAUUCCGGGGAUGAGAUUGAGACGGCCACGUCGUCGGAUAUUGAGAUCAUAUCGAGCCCGAAUGGAGAUUCUAGCAGCACCAAUAGUGGCGCCUACCGGGCCAGUCCUCUAAAGAUCACUGAUGGUAAGAGCAACAUAGAUAUAUUGAUGAUCAAGAAACGAGGACAUACGCGGGAACCGUCGGAGGUGUCAGUGCAGAGCGGAAACAGUGACGAUUUGAGCGAGGCGGAAAAGUUGAUGCGAAGGAUAACGGAAAUCUCGGAGAUCCUGGAACAGAGGGAGUUUCGGUUGCUGGAACUUGGCCGACAGAAUGCGGAACUGCAUGAACAGAACUGUCAGCUGACUGCUCAGCUGGAAUCGAAACAGAGACGUGCCGAUAGCACAGAAUCGGAUGAGUACACACAGAGAUUAUCAGCACUGGAGAAGAAGUUCCAGCAGUCGAUUCGGGAACGGGAGGCUUUGAAGCGUCAAGUCGACACAAUCCGGUCGGAAGCCCAGGGAAAAAUGAAUCGAUCCGAGAUGGACAAGGUUAUUAGCGAUAAGGACUUUAUGAUCGAAGAACUCAAGAAGGAAGGCGAGAAUCUGUCCAAACAAGUCCUGAACCAUUCCAACAUUAUCAAGAAGCUUCGACUCAAGGAGAAGGACAACGAAGCACUGAUCAAGAAGCUUAAGGAAGACAUUGGUGAUUUAACAGAUGAAACGGAGCGAUUGAAGCGUUCUCUGUCCGCCAAAGAGGAGGUCGAGCGAUCCCAAAUCGAUGCAGUUCACAAACUAUCCUCGGAGAAGCGAAAACUCGAAAAAGACAACGGUUCGCUGAAGAGCCAACUGGAUGAUCAUACUCAAAAGCUGGAGACGCUGAAGAAAAGCUUCGACUUUGCUAAGAAAGAACUCACCGAAAAGUCGGAAGCCUAUCAGGAUCUGGUGAAGAAAUCUUCCCAGCUGGCCACGAUGGAAUCGGAACACAGUCAUAUCCAGAGGGUGAACGAACAAAUCAGCACAGAGUUGGACGAUUUACGGGAGAAGCUACGGCGAGCGGAAGCGGAACACGCCCAUCGAAUCCAGCGGUUGAAGAACGAGAAUUCGGAUCUUUUGUUGCGCGUGGAGGAAACCGAGACUCGAGCUGAGGAAGAGAAGAAUGCCACUGCAAUGGUCACCGUUCCUUUAAUAAAGCAGAUCGAAUCCCUCCAGAAUGGCCUCCGGAAUAAGGAACGACUCUGGGAGCAACGCGAAUCGGACAUCAUUCGCAAACUGGACGAAUCCCUGGAAAAGUCCAAAGCCUUCGGAGAUAACGAGCGAACGCUAAAGGAGCAGAUCUUCACCCUAAACGGACGAAUUUCCAAUCUCGAAGAACGGCUGACUGCCGCCCUGUUCAAAUCCGAAGAGCUGACCAACAACCUCCAGCAGAAGCAGAUCGAAAUGGACCUGCUUGAGAGUGAUCACAAACUCAAGCUGAAAAACCUCGAAGACGAACGGAAAUCCUACCGUGGUAAACUUUUGGAACUGGAGUCCAAUACUGCGGAACAGGACCGGAAGAUAGCGCAGCAAAAGGAACAACUCGAUACCAUCAAACAACAGCAACAGCAGCAGCCGCACCAAGCGUCCCAACAUCACCACCCCAAGCACGAAGCGAACCGGCAGUCUCCUCCGUCACCGUCGCAGGCUCUCGGAAUCCUCGGCGAAUCAUCUCGAACUUCUUCCCCGACACCCAGCAUGGGAAACCUGUCGCUGCCGGAAUCGAUCGGAAGCAUCCCGUGGAAUCAGAUGGAUGACGACGCCGGAUCCAACAGCGGUCGGCAAACGAUCGGAGGAGCUCCGCUUCUGCAUACAACCUCACUGCUGGAGAACCUCCAGGCCACCCUGAAGCAACGGGACGGCGAAGUCUACCAGCUGCAGUGGGAACUGUCGCGCUUCCAGCAGGAACGGAACGUACUGAAUGCGGAGAUUUCCAACCUGACCGCGGAACUGGACAUGAUCCGCGAAAAAUCGGAACGCGCUGCCCAGCUGGAGGAGGAGUUCCAACAGCUACAGGAACGCUACGAUGCCUUGCUGCAGCUAUACGGCGAGGCGGUCGAGAAGAUCGAAGAACUGAAGCUAGACUUGGUGGACGUGAAGGAGAUGUACAAGGUGCAGAUUGACGACCUGCUGCGGCAAGUUGCCGCCGGGAAGCAGUUGUAGUCGACUCGUGUGGCGACGACGACGACGACGACUACAACUAUGGACGACUCCCUGGAGUUGACGUCGGGACAGGAUCGUCGUAGUGGGUAUGACGCGAGUGGUGGCAAGUGUUUCUAAAUGUGAUAAUCGUCUGCUUCUCGGUGGAAUGCUUUCGAGGGUGCAAUAAAGCGAAAGAUGGAGCUUUCUGCUGGAUUGUGAAUGGUUUGUUGCAAAAGAUUAUACGUCACGUAAGUUGUAAAUAGUGCCGGUUAAGUUUUGCUUUAAGGAUAAACUUGUUUUUCAUCACAUUUCCAAUGCUGGUUCAUUUUUAAUCCCGCAAAGAAAACGCAGUCGUUGAAGCUUUCAAAACUCGGAGUCCAGCUGUUUGUAGGUUCGUGUAGCAAAGCGAAAGGUUAGGAAUUAAUUAGAGAGGGAAUAUAGAUCGUACUGUGCUGGAUAUUGCUACUAUUUAAACAAUUAGAAUAAUGAUUGGUAUAUCAGAUACGUCAAAUAGCAGUCGAAAGUUCAAGCUCCUUAAUUUUAUAAACUUCUCGUAUGAUAGGUAAUAUAUUUAUCUCCCACA